AUGGCUUCGAGCGCACAAGACAUUAAAGAAGAACCGUUCGUCGUUAUCGCCCGAAUGGACGUCAAACCAGGGAAAGUCGACGUCGUCGCUCAGCACAUAGCCAACAUGAAAGCGCGUGCGGACUCGGAUCAGGAACCGGGUACGUUGAGGUAUGACGUUGUGAGAUAUGGAGAUUCGUUCCAUUUCUUUGAAGUGUAUAAAGAUCAUGAGUCUUUCAACAAGCAUACAGCAGAGAACCCGAUUUAUCAAGAGAUCAAGCAAGAUAUAGCAGACUUUGUGGACCCGCUUGUCAUUUCGUUCUGGGAGAUGGGCAAGCUUCCUAAGCCGACUGUCACUUUUUGA